AUGCCUGGCAGCGAGGCUUUUCGGGCGCUUAGGCUGCUCUCACGCACAUCAGGUGGACUUUUGUCGGGGUCAGAGGCCGUCACGCGGCAAUGCCUCACUCGUUCAAUGGCCACCGAGGCCCAGGCCAACGCUUCAUCCGCACCUGAUCUCUCGAAAACUUCGCCGUUGGCUCCGUGGGACGCCCCAGUCCAAGUCAUGACUUACAACUUUCCUUCUAUGGAACCCACUCGUCUCGUGGAAUACUCCCAGAAACAAUUACAGAUGCCCAUUCGGAAAGAUAUUCUUCACCGCGCAGUUAUCUACGAAGGUGACAUGACCCGGCAAGGAACGGCCAGCACGAAGUGGAGGGGAGACGUUCAUGGUAGCCACCGCAAGCUCAUGGCACAGAAGGGCUCUGGCCGUGCUCGUGUGGGUCACAAGCAGUCGCCAAUUCGGGUGGGUGGUGGUGUUGCCCAUGGUCCUCAUCCUCGCGAUUUUUCGACCGGGCUACCUGCUAAGCUCUACGACCAAGCUUGGCGCAUUGCCCUCAGUUAUCGAUUUGCGCGCGGCGAAAUGAUUGUUAUCGACAACAACAUUGCCAUCCCUUCGAAGUCUACACCUUUCCUGAUGGAGCGUAUUCUGAAGGAGCAUGGAUGGAACACCAAGAAGGGCCGUUCAACUCUGAUCACCGCGGACUUUGACGAGGAAUUGUUUGAUGCGAUGGACAAAUUGAAGAGAUUCGCGACACUUAGGGAUAGCAGUGAGGUGGAUGUGAAGAACCUCUUGGAGACUGAGCGGUUAAUCAUCGAGAAAAGGGCGCUGGACCGGUUCUUCCAGUGGCACUCGCGGGAUUUGAAGAGUAAGCCCUCCAAGGCACGUUACCUUGACCUGUGA